AGAAACUUAUAUUCUUCAAAUAUGUAUAUGUAGAUUCAAAAUUUAAGGGAUGUCAAAUAUGAAAAUAAGAGCUUCUGUUCGUAAAAUUUGUGAAAAAUGUCGACUGAUACGUAGACGAGGACGAAUUAUAGUAAUUUGCUUUAACCCAAGACAUAAACAAAGACAAGGAUAAUCUUGAUAAGCAGACACGCUCUAAAAGAUCUGAAGUACAAAAAAAUGUAUAAAAAUAAAGAAUCUAUUUUGACAUGAAAUGGAUAUAUCCAUAGACCCUGACUUAUAUUUAUGAGAUAAUAAAAUAUGGCAAAACCUUUACCAAGAAUAGGUUCGCGCAGGAAUGGACGUAUUGGUUCACGUAAGAAUGUACGUAAAAUACCAAAAGGAGUUAUUCAUGUUCAAGCAAGUUUUAACAAUACUAUUGUGACCGUUACAGAUGUACGGGGUCGAGUGAUUUCUUGGUCCUCCGCCGACACUUGUGGAUUCCGGGGAACAAGAAGAGGAAUGCCAUUUGCAGUUCAAACCGCAGCAGGAAAUGCUAUUCGAACAGUAGUGGAUCAAGGUAUGCAACGGGCAGAAGUCAUGAUAAAAGGUCCUGGUCUCGGACGAGAUGCGGCAUUAAGAGCUAUUCGCAGAAGUGGUAUACUCUUAAGCUUCGUCUGAGAUGUAACCCCUAUGCCACAUAAUGACUGCAGACCCCCUAAAAAAAGGCGCGUGUAAAAAUCAAUAUAAAUAUGGAUUUAGCUAAAGAGUUCAAGAGAAAUAAAUAAUUCAACGAUUUCAAUAUUAUUAUGAUUCGGGAGAAAAUAACAAUAUCUACUCGGACACUGCAGUGGAAAUGUGUUGAAUCAAGAACAGACAAUAAGCGCCUUUUUUAUGGACGCUUUAUUCUAUCGCCACUUAUGAAAGGCCAAGCCGACACAAUAGGCAUUGCAACGCGAAGAGCUUUACUUGGAGAAAUUGAAGGAACAUGUAUCACACGUGCAAAAUCUGAGAAAAUACCACACGAAUUUUCUACUAUAGCAGGUAUUCAAGAAUCAAUACAUGAAAUUUUAAUGAAUUUAAAAGAAAUUGUAUUGAGAAGCAAUUUGUAUGGAACUUGUGGCGCGUCUAUUUGUGUCAAGGGUCCUGGAUAUGUAACUGCUCAAGACAUUAUUUUACCGCCUUUUGCGGAAAUCAUUGAUAAUACAAAGCAUAUCGCUAGCCUAA